AUGUCGUCGAAACUGAUUUGCGCUCUACUGAUCACUGUCACCUACGUCCAAGCUGCUUCUGUCGUCAAAAGACAGGUUGGGCCCCUCAUUCCUCCACUGAGUAACGAGGACCCCAUGGAGCCCGCCGAAUUGGGAGACAGGGGGGUUACACUCCAAACCAUGCCAAACUUACCCUUAGGGGCUCAGGCAAUCGCUAUGAGAGCACUGAUGCGCAACCAAGCAAGCGCAACCCCCAACCCUCUGGAGGAUUUUGGCGAGCCUUCCGAGUUCGGAGAUGGUGGCGUAACUUAUCCCAACCAAGCUGCCGUUCAAACGCCGCUUCAAACUGCCGGCCGACUACCACCGGGGGGCUUAUCCAUGGAGUUCAGGAUGAUGCUGGAGGCCUUCUUGGCGUCGAUGCAAGCACAACAAACGCCCGCUGGAGCAGCAAUGCCGCCCUCAGGAGGCGCCCAACAGGCCCGCACUCCUGUCAUCGACACCCCCCCGGCUAAUCCAGCUCCAGUUAAUCCAUCAGCUCCUGUCCCACCGGCUGAUACAGCCCCUCAAGGAACCCCAGCUGCCACUGGGCCAGGGAAUCCUGUUCCAAACCCUGGUCAGCCUUCAGUCUUCGUAGUUCCAGGACAGCCGUUCUCUGCAACCGUCUAA